AUGGAGGCUUCUUUAGCUGCUUUGGAGCGGCCACGAGGUGCUGCUUCUAAUACGGUUUAUAAGAGUGGUCCACUUUUCAUAUCCUCCAAAGGAUUGGGUUGGACGUCCUGGAAGAAACGCUGGUUCAUCCUCACACGUACUUCUUUGGUCUUCUUCAAAAAUGACCCUGGUACGCUACCACAAAAAGGUGGUGAAGUUAACAUAACUCUAGGUGGCAUCGACUUGAAUAACUCUGGAAGUGUUGUGGUACGAGAGGAUAAAAAAUUACUGACAGUUUUAUUUCCGGAUGGGCGUGAUGGAAGAGCUUUCACUCUUAAGGCUGAGACAUAUGAAGAUUUGUACGAGUGGAAAAACUCCCUUGAGCAGGCCCUUGCACACGCCCCUAAUGCAGCACUCACCAUGGAUCAUAAUGGAAUAUUCCGUCCUGAAAGUAACGAGGCUAACGAAGGGCGGGAUAAGCGUCCAUCAAAAUCAUUGGUUGUUGGAAGACCAAUCUUACUUGCUCUUGAAGAUAUUGAUGGAAGCCCAUCGUUCCUCGAGAAAGCUCUUCAGUUUAUUGAGAAUUAUGGAACUAAAAUUGAAGGAAUAUUAAGACAGUCUGCUGAUGUGGAGGAGGUGGAACGUAGAGUUCAAGAAUAUGAACAAGGCAAAACUGAGUUCGCUUUCGAUGAAGAUCCGCAUGUUAUUGGAGACUGCAUUAAGCAUGUAUUGAGAGAGUUGCCUUCUUCUCCAGUCUCAGCAUCUUGUUGCACUGCCCUGCUGGAAGCUUACAGAAUCGAGUCUAAGGAGGCUCGCAUUAGUUCAUUACGCUCUGCUAUGGCGGAAACAUUCCCUGAACCUAAUAGACGUCUACUACAACGGAUUUUGAAAAUGAUGCAUACUAUCUCAUCUCAUUCCCACGAAAACCGAAUGAACCCAUCUGCUGUAGCUGCUUGCAUGGCUCCCCUGCUCUUACGUCCUCUACUCGCUGGUGAAUGUGAUCUAGACGACGAGUUUGACAGUGGUGAAGACAACUCUGCUCAGCUUCUUGCUGCUGCUAAUGCUGCCAAUAACGCUCAAGCCAUCAUCACUGCUCUCCUGGAGGAUUAUGGAAGCAUUUUCGAUUCUAGUGAUGAUGACAACAACCUGAAAAAUGGAUACCGGAAUGAAGAGAAUGAAGUAGAACCAGUGACAGAUGAUGAUGAUGAUGAUGAUGAUAAUGAGCGUGCGUUGAGUGGGAAAAUGAGUGAGAGCAGUGGAGGCACAUGCAGCGAUCUCUAUGAAUACAAGGGAUUUGUUGCUGAUGACUCUGAUAUUGAAUCACCGAGAGAGAUAAAUGGUCCAACACGUAAUUCAAACGUACGAACAGAUCAUCUUGUGAGAAAUCCUUUUGUCAACUCCACGGAUCAACCAGCUGGAGAGCAGCUAACAAAAUAUGGAGAAAACUCACGUCUUGUAAAUGUCAGCGAGUCUUAUCAAUCAGGAAACACUUUAGCUUCUCCUGGUCUUGAAUCAUCAAGUGAGAAAUCCGUGAAUAAGGGCACUCCCUCGACUGUUCAUACAAAGCGUGCAACAUUCUGGGGUCGAGGCAGUGCCAGAAAACUAUCCACAGAUGGAUCAUUUGAUUCUUCAGGAGAAGACGAGCUUGCAAUACAAAGACUCGAGACCGCAAAAAAUGAACUGCGACAACGAAUUGCAAAGGAGGCCAGAGGUAAUGCGAUAUUACAGGCUAGCUUGGAGAGAAGGAAGCAAGCACUUCAUGAACGUCGUUUUUCGCUUGAACAAGAUGUGUCAAGAUUACAAGAGCAGUUGCAAGCCGAGAGAGAUCUCCGGGCAGCACUGGAGGUUGGUUUGAGCAUGUCUUCUGGACAAUUUACUUCACAUGGUGUGGAUUCGAAAACAAGGGCUGAGCUUGAGGAAAUUGCUCUUGCUGAGGCUGAUGUGGCAAGGCUGAAGCAGAAAGUCGCGGAACUUCACCAUCAGCUUAACCAGCAACGUCAGACUAACUUAGGUUCUUUCACUGAUGCCCGUGACAAUCAUCAGUUUCUCCAGAAUCAUAAUAUUCAAAAAAGGUUUCUUCAGCAAGAUUUCGAUUCCACUCUUGCCUUUGUAAACCAUGAAAGAAAACAAAGACACGAGGAGAAUACACUGGGAGCAGAGUGGAGAAACAGUAAAGGAGCAGGAUCUUUUGGUGUUGGCAAUAGCAGGCAACCAUCAUCUCGUAAGCAGAUACCAGAGUCAACAAGCAUGGUCGACUCUAGAAGCAGUGAAGAUUCUGGAAAGAUGUCUGUAGACAAGUUCUCAGCCAUAGAUCCUCCCUCUAUUUCGUCCACUUCAAGAGCACUAGAUAUAACAGAGUACCCAAGUGUUAAUCAUCCGUCAGCGGCUGCAUCAGCAGCAUUGGUAGAGUUAACAACUCGACUUGAUUUCUUCAAGGAAAGACGGUCGCAGCUAAUGGAGCAGCUGCAGAACCUGGAUCUCAACUACGGAGGCACGUCUGCUUCUUCUCAAGAUUUCAUACACCGGCCAUCUUCCCCACCAUGGAACUAA